AUGAACAAAAACGGAACAGCUAAAAUGAAUGAUAAUCAAAUUAGAGCAGAAGGUAGAAGGUUAUUUAAACGCUUCUAUAACAUUCCUGAUGGUGUUAAUCCUAAAACUCGUAGAAGCUAUUUAAAUGAAGCAAUAGAUGCAUAUGAAGGGUUUGACAUUUCAUCAGAAAGUGAGAGAUUAGCGAGAAUGUUAAAUGUUAAUAUUGAUUUCUAUUAUUGUGAUCCUCAACCAGAAGACGUGGACAUAAAUAAGGUAGACUUUCCAUUAGUGGAAUCAAUAAUGAUAGAUCCAGAAUUUGAAACAGUAAAUAUUUUAUUAACACAGAGUCCAUGUGGAAAACUUCACGCUGACAGAAUAACAGACGUUGAAGCACUCACCGGCUAUAAAGUUUGUCCAUAUUGUAAAGAAGAAGUUUAUUCUAUCCGUGAUGAUCCAGAAAGGAAAAACCAAAGAAGAUUUUUAAAGCAUUGUGAGAAAUGUAAAGAAAAUAAUGGAAGAUUAAUUCAAGACGUUCAAUUGCAAAAGACCCAGCAACCAUAUGCACCACAUAUUACGAAACAGAAGAUAUAUCAGUGGUUAUUAGCUCACAAUUUGCAGAAAUAUUAUAAACCGACAAGAUAUUAUAUUACUUUUGACUUCGAAACAUUAGAGACUAAAGAAGAAUUACAACUUUCCGAGUGUGCAACUUUGAACGCUUACUUAAAACCAUUCAUGGUAUCAUCAACGGUUAAAUUAAAUGAUAAAACAUAUACGAGGAAUUUUUGCUUAACUUCGAGUGAUUCUUUUAUUUCUGAUUGGAUUGAGUUUUUAUUUUCAACCUGUUCAUUAGUUGCUAAAUCAAAUAUGAGUCAAUACAAUGAAUUAUUGAAGUCGCAAACGGCGGGGACUUUGUCCCAUACAUUAAAUGAAAAACAGAAGGAAGCAUUUAAAGAACUUCUAGAUGAGGAAUUCAAUAAAGUGAAUAUCAUAG